AUGGUAGCUGUUACAGACAUAGAGCUGAAGCGACUGAAAGAUGCUUUCAAGAGAACUUGUGGACUCUCGUAUUAUAUGACCCAACAGUGCUUCAUCAGAGAAGUCCUUGGUGAUGGAGUCCCUCCAAAAGUUGCUGAGGUUAUUUAUUGUUCAUUUGGGGGCAUAUCCAAAGGACUGCACUUCAAUAACUUGAUAGUUGGAUUAGUUCUACUUACAAGAGGCAGAGAGGAAGAGAAAACAAAAUACAUUUUCAGCCUCUUUUCUAAUGAAUCUGGGAGUUAUGUUGUUCGUGAAGAGAUGGAGAAGAUGCUGCAUGUGGUUGAUGGGAAAGUCCCAGAAUCACUCAAGAAAUGUUUCUCUGAGGGUGAAAAGGUGAACUAUGAGAAGUUCAGGGUUUGGCUGUUGCACAACAAAGAUGCUUUCACGUUUUCUCGUUGGCUGCUGUCUGGAGGUGUGUACGUGACACUCACUGAUGAUAGCGACACCCCUACCUUCUAUCAAACCCUCGCUGGAGUCACACACUUGGAAGAGUCUGACAUCAUUGAUCUUGAAAAACGAUAUUGGCUGCUAAAAGCUCAAUCAAGAACUGGACGUUUUGACUUAGAAACAUUUGCCCCCUUAGUUUCCCCUCCUAUUCAUCCAUCUCUGAGCGAAGGUCUGUUUAAUGCCUUUGAUGAAAAUCGGGACAAUCACAUAGAUUUUAAAGAAAUUUCUUGUGGGCUCUCGGCAUGUUGCAGGGGACCCUUGGCAGAAAGACAAAAAUUUUGCUUCAAGGUUUUUGACAUUGACCGGGAUGGGGUGUUGUCUCGCACUGAGCUUAAGGAAAUGGUGGUUGCACUUUUAGAAGUCUGGAAAGAUAACCGUACUGAUAAAAUACCUGAAUUGGACAUGGAUUUGUCUGAAAUCGUAGACAAUAUUCUGAAUAUGCAUGAUACCACAAAGAUUGGACAUCUGACUCUGGAAGACUACCAGAUAUGGAGUGUGAAGAGUGCUCUUGCUAAUGAAUUCUUAAAUCUACUUUUUCAGGUAUGUCAUAUAGUUUUGGGGCUACGACCUGCCACUCCAGAAGAGGAAGGACAAAUUAUUAGAGGCUGGUUAGAAAGGGAAAGCAGAUACGGCCUUCAGCCAGGGCACAACUGGUUUCUUAUUGCAAUGCCGUGGUGGCAUCAGUGGAAGGAAUACGUCAAAUAUGAUGCAAACCCUGUUGUGAUAGAACCUUCAUCUGUCUUGAGUGGAGAUACUCUUAACCCUGGCACACCAGGCACUGAUACAUGUUUUGCUAGGCAGCAUAAUACUUCGGACAAUAAUAACCAGUGUUUGCUUGGAAACAAUGGGAAUAGUUUGUUACCACUUAAUCCUCAGAAACCAGGAGCUAUUGAUAAUCAGCCGCUGGUAACACAGGAACCAGUGAAGGCUGCAUCAUUAACAAUGGAGGGUGGAAGAUUAAAGCGGUCUCCACAGUUAAUUGAAGGAAAGGACUACGUAAUGGUACCAGAACCAGUUUGGAGAGCUCUUUAUCAUUGGUAUGGAGCAAACCUGUCCUUGCCUAGGCCGGUGAUCAAAAACAGCAAAACGAAUGUGCCUGAACUCGAGUUAUUUCCUCGCUAUCUGCUCUUUCUGAGGCAGCAGCCUGCCACCCGAACACAGCAGUCGAACAUCUGGGUGAAUAUGGGUAUGAUGAGCCUGAGAAUGUUUCCUCAACAUUUGCCUAGAGGGAAUGUACCCUCACCUAAUGCUCCUUUAAAAAGAGUGUUGGCUUAUACUGGCUGCUUUAGUCGAAUGCAAACUAUUAAAGAGAUACAUGAAUAUCUCUCUCAGCGACUACGUAUAAAAGAGGAAGAUAUGCGCCUCUGGUUAUACAACAGCGAGAACUAUCUUACUUUGCUGGAUGAUGAAGAUCACAGACUGGAGUAUCUUAAAAUCCAGGAUGAGCAGCAUUUGGUAAUAGAAGUUCGAAACAAAGACAUGAGCUGGCCAGAGGAGAUGUCUUUCAUAGCAAACAGCAGUAAAAUAGACAGACAUAAAGUUCCUACUGAAAAGGGUGCUACUGGAUUAAGCAAUCUGGGUAACACAUGUUUCAUGAACUCCAGUAUCCAGUGUGUCAGUAAUACCCAACCUCUGACACGAUAUUUCAUCUCAGGAAGACAUCUUUAUGAACUUAACAGGAUAAAUCCAAUAGGAAUGAAAGGACACAUGGCCAAAUGCUAUGGGGAUUUGGUUCAGGAAUUAUGGAGUGGAACUCAGAAGAAUGUAGCACCAUUAAAGCUGCGGUGGACAAUAGCAAAGUAUGCUCCGAGAUUUAAUGGUUUUCAACAACAAGACUCUCAAGAGCUCCUGGCGUUUCUUCUGGAUGGCCUUCAUGAGGAUUUGAACAGAGUUCAUGACAAGCCAUAUGUUGAACUGAAAGAUAGUGAUGGUCGGCCAGACUGGGAAGUAGCAGCAGAGGCCUGGGAAAACCAUCUGAGAAGAAACAGAUCCAUUGUCGUAGAUUUAUUUCAUGGGCAGCUUAAGUCACAAGUAAAAUGCAAAACUUGUGGACAUAUAAGUGUUAGAUUUGACCCUUUUAAUUUUUUAUCCUUGCCUUUACCAAUGGAUAGCUACAUGCACCUAGAAAUUACAGUAAUUAAAUUAGAUGGUACUACUCCUGUUCGCUAUGGUUUGAGAUUGAACAUGGAUGAGAAGUAUACAGGUCUGAAAAAACAGUUAAGUGAACUCUGUGGGCUAAAACCAGAGCAGAUUCUACUCGCAGAAGUGCAUAGCUCCAAUAUAAAGAACUUUCCUCAAGACAACCAGAAAGUCCGGUUGUCAGUGAGUGGAUUUUUGUGUGCAUUUGAAAUACCGGUUCCAGGAUCCCCUACGUCAGCCUCAAGUCCUUUGCAGACAGAUCUCUCAACUGGGCCAUCAGCUAAUGGAGCACUCAACAUAAUGAUGAAUGGGGACCUUCCCAAGCCAACCCUAAUUCCAAAUGGAAUGCCAAACACUGUAGUGCCAUGUGGAACGGAGCGUAAUAACCUUGCCAACUGGACCCUCAAUGGUCACGUGCCCUUGCUUUCUGACAGUCCGUGUACAGGGUAUAUAAUUGCAGUUCACAGAAAAAUGAUGCGGACGGAGCUCUACUUCCUUUCAUCUCAGAAGAAUCGGCCCAGCCUCUUCGGGAUGCCGCUGAUCGUCCCUUGCACCGUUCACACACGGAAAAAAGACCUGUACGACGCGGUGUGGAUCCAGGUCUCCCGGCUCGCCAGCCCGCUGCCUCCGCAGGAAGCCAGCAACCAUGCCCAGGACUGUGAUGAUAGCAUGGGAUAUCAGUAUCCCUUCACCCUGAGGGUAGUCCAGAAGGAUGGAAACUCCUGUGCUUGGUGUCCAUGGUACAGAUUUUGUCGUGGUUGUAAAAUCGAGUGCACGGAAGAUAGAGCUUGUGUUGGGAAUGCCUAUAUUGCUGUAGACUGGGAUCCAACCGCACUCCACCUACGCUACCAGACAUCACAGGAGCGGAUUGUAGAAGAACAUGAAAGCGUGGAGCAGAGCCGCCGAGCUCAGGCAGAGCCCAUCAAUCUGGACAGCUGCCUGAGAGCCUUCACCAGCGAGGAGGAGCUGGGCGAGGACGAGAUGUACUACUGCUCCAAAUGCAAGACGCAUUGUUUGGCCACCAAAAAACUGGAUCUUUGGAGGCUUCCCCCUAUUUUGAUCAUCCAUCUGAAAAGAUUUCAAUUUGUAAACGGCCGCUGGAUAAAAUCUCAGAAAAUUGUUAAGUUUCCUCGAGAAAAUUUUGACCCAAGUGCCUUUUUGGUACAAAGGGAUCCGAGUCAUUUUCAAAGGAAACAGCCAGCUGCCCACGCUGACGACCUGCCUGAUGCACGGCCUCUCCAAGGGGAGUCUAGAAAAGGAGAUCUGCAGAUCUCUUACACAGCAAGCGAAGGGGACGUGCUGAACAGGAGUCCCUCUUCCCUUAACACUACUAAUGUCUUGAAUAAUAUCAAAGCAUCUCCAUCUUUGGGAAGGAAAAGUGGAACCAGCUGUCCUUCAAGUAAAAACAGUAGCCCCAAUAGUAGCCCAAGGACUUUGGGAAGAGGUAAAGGGCGCCUGCGGCUACCACAGCUAGGGAAAAACAAACUGUCAAAUAGCAAAGAAAAUCUGGAUGCAAGUAAAGAGAAUGGCACUGACCAGGAGCAGAAAUACACCCCUGAGCAAGGAGAUGCUCUUACUCGAGGGCAGAUUUUGGGUGGUAGCCAGAGUGAACUCUACACUGCUCAGGACACAGAGGUGACUUUAGCCAACGGGUACAUCUGUGAGCAGAACACAUACAGUAAUGGAAGUAUCAACGGUCAAAUUGAUAACCACAGCGAGGACGACACUGCAGAUGACCAAAGAGAAGAAGUUUGUGUUAACCCUAUUUACAAUCUAUAUGCAAUUUCGUGCCAUUCAGGAAUUAUGGGAGGGGGUCAUUAUGUUACUUAUGCCAAAAACCCAAACAACAAGUGGUACUGCUACAAUGACAGCAGCUGUAAGGAAUUGCAUCCCGACGAGAUCGACACCGACUCUGCCUACAUUCUUUUCUACGAGCAGCAGGGGGUAGACUAUGCACAAUUUCUGCCAAAGAUAGACGGCAAGAAGAUGGCAGACACGAGCAGCAUGGAUGAAGAUUUUGAGUCCGAUUAUAAGAAGUACUGUGUCCUGCAGUGAGCGGGUGCCUGUCUGGAGAGGGCUCGAGGGAUCACGCGCCGAAACGAACGCUGGGCGACAGCGGCACUGCGAGAGCGAAGCUAAGUGUAGUUAUUGUACCUGGGAUACGAAAGCACAAAAAGAAAACCCUAAUUAAAUAGCAGUUAAUAUAAAGA